AUGAACCAUGCAGCUGUGAUAAAAGUAUCACAUGCGUGGAAUAGUUACAAGCAUAGUUUCUCAAAAAAAAGAUUUUUCUCAAACAACUUUGAAUAUUGCUCGCCUAAUGUAAUUUCGAGAUAUGAAAAUAGACCGAUCGUCGAGGAAAAUGUCGAAAAAAAUGCCAAAAAAUAUGCCGAACAAAAUAUCGAAAAAUAUGGGCAAGUAAAUUGGCAAAAAAAUGAGGGAAGAAACAAAAACGCGCGUACUUCUAAUACAAUCCCUGACAGCAACGAUGAUUUCUUCGAACGUGUGAAAAAAACUUUCAGGGAGAACAAAAAAGAUUUGAGUUUAUGGAAUAGUUAUUGUAGAGAAACUAUGUACAGAAUACAUGAAAAGAACAUUCACCCAAAAAUUAUUACAAGUGUAUUUACUUUUUUGUCAUACACGGAAUAUAGAAAUGAUAGAAUUAUAAACGAAAUAUUAAAUCGUUGUAUUCUUCGAUUAAAGGAAUUUGACUUGAUUCAUGUAUGUUCAUUGGUUAACUCACUAGGUAAAAUGAAUUUUAGAAACAUUUAUUUUCUGGACGAAAUAAAAAAAAAAAUAAUAAAUGAACAAGAAAACUAUUUUGACGAAAUAUAUGCACCUCAUUAUGUUUCUCUAUUAAUAAACAGUUUGCGUAAAUUAAAAUAUUGUGAUAAUAUUAACAGGUAUGAUAAGGAUAAAUUUUUUUUAUAUUUUUUGGUGGAAAAGAUACAUAUGAGAAAAGUUUCUGACUAUAGCUUGGUAGGAUUGAGUUUAUUACUAUAUAACAUUUCUGUGUUAAAAUUAAACAAGUUUUAUAAUUUAUUUUUUUUAUUUGAACAGCAUAUAAUUACAAAGGCAAAAAAUGACUUUAACAUAAUACAACUUGUAAACGUUUUAAGUGCUUAUAGUAAGACCUCCUUUUUGAAAUUUUCCUUUUUAGAGGGCCUCCUACAUUCCAUUAUAUAUGAAAGAAAAUUUAGUGGCUGCUCCCUGCAUCAUUUGGUACGCCUUCUGCAUAUUUCGCUCUCCUUUGCCUGUGGGGGGCAGAGCGAAAAUUUAUUUCACGAAGGUAUCCGUAAUAGUGGUGUAAGCAGUGGUAGUGGUAUAAGCAGUGGUAGUGGUAUAAGCAGUGGUAGUGGUAUAAGCAGUGGUAGUGGUGUAAGCAGUGGUAGUGGUGAUAUCGAUGGCCUGAGCCGGUUGGGUGAAACAUACGUGCAGCCGCUGUUUAGACAAAUUUGCAAAAAUAUGAACAGGUGUAAGAAGAAGGAUCUCGUUUUAUUAUGCUCGACUUUAUGCGCCUAUAACUGUAAAGUGUUCAUAAAAAGAAUGAAGAAGACCCCUUCUCCUAUUUUAGACAAUCCUGUUUUUAUACCCAUACAUAGAGUAAGCGAGUUAUUUGAAAACAUUACGUUAAAUGUGAAGAAAUAUAUAAACUGUUACAACCAUAUAGAGCUGUCUAUCAUAUUUUAUUGCUAUUCAAUUUACCAAAUUAAUGACACAAUUCUGUAUGACUAUAUUAAAUUAAGAAGCUUAAGAAUAUUCUCCUCAUUUGAUGAAAAAACUUUUGCCUAUCUUUUUAAAGCUUUUAAAAAUAUGCACAUAACAGAUGAUGUGUUCGAAGAAUCCUGCUUAAGUAAGCUUUUACAAAUAAAUGAAUUCAGUUCCAUCAAACAUUUUUGUAUUGCCCUGUCGGCAUAUACAUCUGUAAAAAGGGAUCGGCAGAAAGUUCAAAUUGAGGAACAGUUCUUCAAAAAUGCCGAAAAGUUAUUUUCGACAUCUUGCACUGAGGGGGAGGAAGUAAAAGAAAUGGAUGGAGUAGAAGAAAUGGAAAAAGAGGAAGAAAUGGCAAACGUGGGGGAAGACCUCGUUGGAGCCCUCCCCAGAGUCAGUGAAAGGAAUAGCCCCGCUGCGUGCACAGUAGAAGGGAACAUGUUUUGUUAUGGUAACUUCAGUAUAUAUAUGAAGAAAAGGAACGAGGAAGACUUGUCCAUGGUUGAGAUGGAGAAAAGCAUAGGAAUAAUAAAAAAAAAAAGAAAAUAUAUAAAAAAUAAAAAAAAAAAUAAAAGCAAAGUUAAUCAGUCAAAUGAAAUAAGUGGUAACAAAAUAAGCCUCAUAUUUUUUCUUUUUUCCAAAUUAAAUUAUUUACACACAUCCAAGAUAGUGAAAUUGUUAAUGUGUACUUAUAGAGAAAACAAAUAUUCCUUAAGCAUCGAAAAUUGUAUAAGCAUCUUACGUUCAGUAUCCACCCUAUCUGCAAAUUUACAAAUUGAGGAAGGGAAAAAAUACUGGAGAAACUACUAUGAGUUUGUUAACAUGUUGGCUAGUAAAAUUAUGAACAGUGCUGACUUGUUCAGAAAUAAAUAUUUACUUAUAAAUUUUUUAAGUGCAUGUGGGAAAAUUUUUCAUUCUUCUAUUAAUUGCAUCCAAAUUGAUGAAAAGAAAACUUUUUAUUUUAAAACUGUGUUGAAUAAGUUAUUACCGUUUAUGCAUCCGUACGUUUGUGAAAUGACCACGGCUGAUAUUGCAAUAUUGAUGCAGAGUCUAAACAAAGAAAAUUAUUCGAAAGAAGCGCUGAGCCUAAUUUUAGGGGAUGCCUACACAUUGUUUUGGAGGCAUUUAAUCAAAAGGGGUAAAACGCUUAUGCAAUGUUGGCACACUGCGGAUAAAUCGGAUCGGGAGGACAUAACUGAUGGAGUGGACCAAGUACAAAUGCACAAUGAGAAAAACUUGAUAAUCAUUAUGAACAAUUUAGCAAAGCUUGAAGUUCAGGACGAAGAGUUCUUUCAUUUAAUCGUUAAUAACUGCAUUCUGCAAUUCUUUUGUCUAUCGUCUAUGCAACUGUUAUGUCAAGGUAUACACUAUAUAUGUGUGUAUAUUUUCUGUAAAGAGCACAUAGUUACAAUUAGGAAAAUACGUUUAUUAAGUUUUUUAUUGAACAAAUUAUACAAGUUGCUUAUCAACGAGGGUAUACUUCUUUAUCACUGUAGCAGUGACCAAGUCGUUCUUUCAUAUGAAUGUAUAAACAAAUUUAUAUUGCAGGAUGCUUUAUUCGAUAAAUAUGUUAGCUUAAUGCAUGAAGUUAUAAUAAUAAUAUUAUUUCAUAUAUGUAAUUUAAGUUGUACUAUGAACCAUAAAGUGGGGGAAUCAUAUUAUUGGAUCAACAAUUUUAACAGUGGUAAAACUUUGCACUUGUUAUGUAAUCUCCCCUUACUGCGUUCAUAUUUGGCUAUCCUUACAAUCAUAGAAUAUAUUAGGGAAAGAAACCCACAUAAUAAUAAUGGCAAUAAUAAUAUAUGUAACAAUAUGAAUAGCAAAGGAGAACUUAAAAAUGUAGUUAAUCAAAUAGUUCAAACUACUCAACGGAUGAAUGUAAACACCCAGUAUGUAUCUCACACCUCGUUUGACGUCCUAGCAUUACGCACUGAACAUUUGGAAAAAUACUUCUAG